AUGUCGUCCUCCCCUACCCCCGCGCCAGACGCCGGCGCCGCCGCGAUGGCCGUCGACGACUCGUCGGAGACCGACCAGCUCGACUCCAUGUCCACGGAGGACAUCGUCCGGGCCACCCGCCUCCUCGACAACGAGGUCCGCGUCCUCAAGGACGAGCUGCAGCGGAACAACCUGGAGCUCGAGAACGUCAAGGACAAGAUCAAGGAGAAUCAGGAGAAAAUAAAGCUCAACAAGCAGCUGCCCUACCUCGUCGGCAACAUCGUCGAGAUUUUGGAAAUGAACCCUGAAGAUGAGGCUGAAGAGGAUGGUGCUAAUAUAGAUCUGGACUCACAGAGGAAAGGAAAAUGUGUUGUUCUUAAGACAUCCACAAGACAGACUAUAUUCCUUCCUGUGAUCGGGCUAGUUGACCCUGACAACCUCAAGCCUGGUGAUUUGGUUGGAGUCAACAAGGACAGCUACUUGAUAUUAGACACGCUACCUUCGGAGUAUGACUCUCGAGUAAAGGCAAUGGAGGUAGAUGAAAAGCCUACGGAGGAUUAUAAUGACAUUGGUGGCCUUGAGAAAGAGAUUCAGGAACUCGUUGAAGCUAUAGUGUUGCCAAUGACACACAAGGAGCAAUUUCAGAAGUUGGGAAUCCGUCCCCCGAAAGGAGUUCUUUUAUAUGGACCACCUGGGACGGGGAAGACAUUGAUGGCUCGUGCAUGUGCUGCACAAACCAAUGCAACCUUUCUGAAACUUGCUGGUCCGCAGUUAGUCCAGAUGUUCAUCGGUGACGGGGCAAAGCUUGUCCGAGAUGCCUUUGAGCUGGCAAAGGAGAAGGCCCCCUGCAUCAUUUUUAUUGAUGAAAUUGAUGCAAUUGGAACAAAGCGUUUUGACAGUGAAGUGAGUGGUGACAGAGAAGUGCAACGAACUAUGUUGGAGUUGCUGAAUCAGCUAGAUGGAUUUAGCAGUGAUGAGAGGAUAAAGGUGAUAGCUGCAACCAAUCGUGCAGAUAUUCUUGAUCCUGCUUUACUCCGUUCUGGUCGCCUGGACAGGAAGAUCGAGUUCCCUCAUCCGACGGAAGAAGCAAGAGCUCGGAUUUUGCAAAUUCACUCAAGGAAGAUGAACGUACAUCCUGAUGUCAACUUUGAGGAGCUGGCUCGUUCAACUGAUGAUUUCAACGGUGCACAGCUGAAGGCUGUUUGUGUGGAAGCUGGCAUGCUUGCUCUACGCAGGGACGCUACAGAGGUGAUCCAUGAAGAUUUCAACGAAGGCAUUAUCCAAGUGCAAGCAAAGAAGAAGUCCAGCUUGAAUUAUUACGCUUAG